CAAACGCACAAGAAUUGACUUAACUCUGGAGAAACGAAACCUACGGGCUAAUGCCUCAGAAGUGAACGCGCAGUGCGAAGACUUAGUUGUGAAUAAUAUAUAUGAAAAAUCUUCCGCUUUCAUGACACGAGACGUGUUGGUGGUCUGCACGGUCUGUGUCCUGGUGUUCAAUAAAGUCCCCACUGACUUCCUCCCACUGCAAUCAGUGCUGUUCAGUGAUCAGCUGCAGACAGUUCCAUGCACAACAGCCUGAGAACAUUGUCCCUCAGUUAUGGCAGGUCUCACAUGGAUCCUCACUUUCCUCUGUGUUGCAGGAUGCCACCACUCUUCAGCCUCACCUUUUCCCCGCUCUCCCCGGAUGGUCCAGGUGGGGGAGAACGUCACACUGACCUGUAACCUGACGUCCAGCAUGAAGACCACCUGGUACCUGUUGCGUUCAGACCAGCUGCUGCCACUGCUGACAGUUACACCAAGCAAAAUAGGAGAAAAUCUGGUCAGCUUUCACUCUAAAAACAACAGUCGCAUCUACAGCCGGGGAGACAUGGAGAGAGGCCCGGUCAGCCUGGAGAUCCUGGAGGUAGAGGAGAAGGAUGCUGGGCUGUAUUUCUGCACAGGGUGGUGUGCAGGGGUUGUAUGUGUUAACAGAGGGGUUCUUCUAACUGUGAAUGGAGCUGAUGGGGAGUUGGCCAUAGACAAAAUGAGGCAGCCGUGUUGGAGACUGGGAAUCUGCGCGCUUCCAGCUUUAAUCGCCCUCGUUUUCGUCUUCCUCUUUGGACUCUGCCUGUGCUCAGGAAAACCAGCUGUUUGCUGCUGUCCUUCACUGAGAAGAGACUCCAGUCUGAGGAUCACAGAGGACAUGUCUUUGCAUUACUCCAGUCUGAAGCAUGCACACGAGCCCCGCCCCUCUGGCCACAGAGGAACAAGAUUGGUCAAAGAGGAUGUCACAUAUUCAACAGUGAUGAGUCGCAAGAACCCAAACACAUCACAUUAGCACAGAUAGAGAGCCACUUUCUUGUUUUUUUUUUUUUUACAUACAAAUUUCAGUGAAUGAUGAAUUUCAUCACCACCUGCUGGUGAGAAAGUAGAUCACACUCUCUCACUUCUUUAAAGGGCCAGUAUGUCAAUGUGUCAGUGUAAAACCUUCAGAAGUUAACCAAGGCCCCGCCCGUCUCAUAAUACCCAGGGGCACACAGUCAGGAGAGGCAAACCAGCCAAGGGGAAAAGGGUCCCCUUAUGGCCCCUCAUAAUGGCACAUGCAUGAAUGUACUCACAUUUAUAUCACAUGUCCCAACUGUUUAGAACAAUAAAAUCUUUAAGGACCUGGAUAAGCAGCAGAAAAUGGAGGGAUGAAGGGAUGAAUGGAGAUUUUUCAGCCAGUUUUGGCUGAAAUCUGCCUAAAGCAGACUGGUAAGAUAUAUUUAAACCUUUCUAAAUGAAAUUUUAGACUAUAAUAUAAGAUAAUAUAAAAGUAAAAAAUAUAUAUUUUUUUAGGAAACACUUUUUAAGACCUGCAUAUAUCCUGUGUAUAUGCAAAGACAGAUAUUUUUAAUAUGCUAGAGAAAGUAAUGAUUCAUGACUUUAUUUCUGUAUCUCUUUUUAAAAGCUAUUUCACUUUUCAUGUCAGUGUGACUGCUGUAGAAGCACUGCUGUCUUUUGGUUUUAGUUAUAAACCAACUAUCUAUUACUUUCAAUCAUUUACAUACAUAAAUACACCACAGAAGAAUGUCAAAAUGUUACUGUAACUGCUCGCCAAAUACACAUGAUGAUAGCAAGCUUAUUUGUAUAUGAUGUUUAUGUAGCAUCCACUGUUUUUUAAGCUCCUCUUGUGCUUGUCUGUGAUGUGCGUCAGUUAUGUUAGGGUUCGUUGUGCAUAUUUACCUCUCAAUAAAUAGAUUUUGAUUGUCAUGUGGAAUCUUUUCUUUCACACAAUCAAUACAACUUUGAAAAUGCAGUGACAUAACAGCUCUAUCUCACUUUACCUGAAUCUGCAGAAACACAGAGUAAGAGCCGAAACAAUGAGUCAAUCCAUAGGAAAAUAAUGAUUGAUGAUGAUUGAUUAAGUCGUUUCAAUCACUUUUCAAGCAGAAAUUGUGAAAAGAGCCAAACAUUUGCAUAUUUAAAUUUCUCAAAAAAGGAGAGUUGCUGCUUUUUCUUUUGUAAACUGAAUAUUAUGGGGUUUGGGGAGUUAAAAAAAACAACAUUUUAAGAUGUCGUCUUCAGCUCAGCAAAAUGUUUUGACAGUUUUCAAUGUCUCAUAUAGACUAAAUGAUUAUUCAGUUCAUCAAAAAAAUAAAUUGUUAGAUUAUUUGAUAGUGAAAACAAUAGUUGCAGGUCUAACACAGGAUGUACAGGGGCAGUUAACAUCGAGGAACCCCUCACCCCAGAGGUCAGUGGUCAGCUUAGCUUAGCUUAGUUUAGCAUAAAGACUGGAACCUUCAAAGCGCAAUAAUUAGAAAACCAAGGAAUCCUGCACACUGUCCAUCACAUGGACUCAUUUAAUUAACUUUUGUGGAUCAUAGAUUGGAUUAUAGAGAUUAUUUUAUUUAUUUACAUUUGAAUUUAUUUGUUGCUCUUUUCUUUUUCACUGCUGUCAUGGUUUAAACCCUCUCUUCUACAGUGUAUUAUUGUAUUGCAUAUAUUGUGUAUUGUAUGUUUUACAUUGUUAAAAACACAAGAAAAAAAGUUCAGUAAAAUAAGUGUGUUAAUCAGUA